AUGGACAACGAUCUGGAGCCAAUGCAGCUGGCCGAUGGCCAACUUGCUCAGCGCAGUUUAUGGGAUCGUCUACAACCAUCACUUAUUGUCGCCUCAUCAACUGCGCUCGUAUUUACAGGAUGCGGUAUCAAUUUCGCUUUUGGUGUGUACCAAGAUCUAUAUGACUCCAUGGCCAAAGAACCCGGCACGCCAUUCACGGGAGCCACGCCGGCGCAGAUUGACCUGAUCGGCACACUCGCCAUCGCCCUGAUGACCAUGGGGGCGCCUUUCUCGACCGCCUGGACGAAGCAUUACUCCCCACGCACAGUCAUCUGGGCCGGCGCCCUGGUUUUCGUCGUCUCGCACUGUCUCGCCAGUGUUAGCCAGGCUCUGUGGCAGUUCACCCUCACCCAGGGCCUGCUUUUGGGCAUGGGCACCUGCCUCACCUACAUGCCCUCUGUCACCGUGGCACCGACCUGGUUUUCGCACCAUCGCGGUCUCGCCAUGGGGAUUAUCCUUGCAGGCACCGGUGUUGGUGGUGUCGUGUGGCCACUGGCCUUUCGCUCGCUGAUCGUCCGCGUCGGAUUCCGUAACACGUUACGCAUUACAGGUGCCAUCUCUUUCACGUUAAUCGCGAUCUCCGGGUUUUUUGUAAAGUGGCCUGCAAGUCAAAUAACACGGCUUCAAGCCGAGAAUGCUGCAUCCUCGCGCUCAUCGGGCAUUCUCCGAAUCCCACUGGCUGACUGGCACGUCGUGCGGACUCGCAAGUUUGCAGCGCAUGCGUUGGGUGCUGCCCUGCAGUCUGCUGCUUACUAUACACCAGUAUUUUUCUUUGCGUCGUUUGCCCGUACGCUUGGAUACUCGUCCUCGACGUCGGCAAACUUCAUUGCCAUUUCAAAUGCUGCCAAUGCCCUAGGGAAAAUUGUGAUCGGACACGCUGCCGACCGCAUGGGCCGCCUGAACACGCUCUUUCUAACAACUAUGUUUUCUGCUGUCGCCGUGUUAGCGCUGUGGUUGCCAGCCGCUUUGGUAACCACGCCCUCAAGUGGAAGCGCCCUGUUCAUUGCAUUCACGAUAUUCUAUGGCGUGUUCGCCUCGGCAUAUGUGUCGCUCUUCCCCACGAGCCUAGUCGAGCUCUUCGGUGUGCAGAAUUUUGCUAGUGUCAACGGUGUGCUCUAUAUGGUGCGCGGCAUGGCCACCCUGAUAGGAACACCAGUUGCCGGUGUUUUGAUUCGGAGUAGCCAACACAAGACAGAUCCGCGCAGCUACGAGAACACUAGUAUCCUGGUGGGAGUAUUGCUAGUUGCGGCGACUCUAGCCACCGUUUGGGUGCGGAUCGAGGCCAGUCUAUCACUCGAGAGUGGACAACUGCGUCGGAGGAAGUGGCUUAUGUAG